AUGGCCCCCGACUGGAAGCUAUUUUACCUUUAUGGAGGCGACAACCCCUGGGAUUCGAGUCUCUGGACCGAUUCCGACGACCGAGUGCGUGGCGGCAAAAGCCAGUCCCACUUACACUGCGAGUCACCCGAAACGGCCAAAUUCUUCGGCAACUUAGACAUCACGGCCCUGGGAGGAGCCGGCUUUGCAUCCCAGAGAACACUCGGCACGCUCCACCUUGACCUGAGCCAAUUUGAUGGGCUUGUCCUCAAGGUUCUGCAGAGUGACUCCAAAAAGUACACCCUCACUAUUAAAGACGAGAUUCUCCCUCCAAGAGAGGAUGGCCGUGACCAAAGCACCAUUAGCUGGGAGUAUGACUUCGUCCCUGGUACUGGCGAGGUAAAGAUCUCAUGGGAUGACUUCAAGCCCACCUACAGAGGCAGGCCCAAGCCCGACGCCGAACUUCUGGAUGUUUCUAACAUCAAGAGAAUCAGCUUCAUGAUGCGAAGCUUCUUCGGCACUCAAGAGGGUGAUUUCAGCCUAACGGUUGCGUAUCUGGCCGCCUUCAGCAACCGGCCCACAUCAUCCGACUCCGACGUGGCGCUCCAGAAGGAUUGCACUGCUGCACUUUCCCAUGCAUCGGGUCAAUACUCUCGGUCGUCGUGGCUGAAUUGGAUUUGUGGAUGGGUUAGGUGA